UUAGUGGAUGUCGGACGUCGCAAAAAAAGUGUAUAAUGAUGUGGGAGUAAAUAAAUUCAAAACAUCUCUGAACAAUUUGACAAACGUACUAGUGGAGCCAAUCUAGAAUGGACAAAUCUGUUGCUUCAUCAAACUAAGUCUGACCCAAACUCAACUUUAUUUUUUGUAUUUUAUAUCAUUCCUACGCGACUUGUUCCAAUAAAUUUUCACGCAUGUUACUGUUGUCUAAAAAAUAAAAAUGCAUUCAAGAAUUUUAACCUUAGUGAAAUAUGGUGUUUUCUAAUUUUUAUCGGUGUUUAAUUAUUUUAAGGUUUCUCAAGUUUGGACGACUGAGCACCAUGAAGUUGGUCUUGGUGGCUAUUACCUCGUUGUUGCUUGCCAGUGAGGCGCAGCCCACAGUUCUGAAGCUGGAGCGCCGCAACGCACUGCCAGGAGGAGGAGUUGUUGAGCUCCCUGUGAACGGUACUGGAAAGUACAGUACAUGUUCCACGGGCCAUAUUUGACUCGCGUGAUGCUUGGGAACCCACCACAGAGCUUUGACGUUCUCAUCGACACGGGAAGUAGCCUACCGUGGAUUGGUUGUGACACAGCGCGACUUCCUACACGAGUUUUUUACCCUUCACCGUCAACAUCGGUACUCGGUUGCUCAGAUCAGCGGUGCCAGAGUCUGGAGAAUGCGAGGAAUGCACAGUGCAACACCUCCAAUAAUAGGUGCGCUUAUGAUCUCGGGUAUGGCAAUGGGGAUGGUGCCACAGCUUCGAGCGCCGUCGGCUAUUAUAUAUCUGAUUUAGUGCACCUGAACGGCCCUUCUACUCCUGCACGCAUUGUCUUCGGGAAUGUUCUUCAGAGUUCAGACUGA